CAUGAAGUAUAAAGUGUAGAUGGAUGUACAUUCCUCAACAUUUGGGGAUAUAGAUAGAGAAGUAUGGAAGGAUACAUUUGGUUCUCCAUCCCUGUUCAUCACAUUCAUCACAUUUCUGACAUUCCUAAAAACAAAUGUAAAUAAAUGUUCUUAAAUAUAGCACAUUAAUCUUUCCCCUUUUUGUUCCCUUUGUCACUCCUUCUCCACAACUUUGCUAACCAGAGAGAAUGUCGACAUGGAAUCUUCUAACAGGAGUGUGGUAAAGGCGUUUGUCAUCUUGGGGUUCUCAGCUUCUCCACAGCUUUCUAUGCUGUUCUUCACCCUAGCCUUGGCCACCUAUGUUCUCACUGUUACUGCCAACAUCGUCAUCAUCUCAGUCAUUAAGGCAAACCCAAAAAUGCAGCGACCCAUGUACUACUUCCUAGGCAACUUCUCCUUCAUGGAGAUCUGGUAUACCACCUCCACUGUGCCGAAGAUGCUGGAAAGUUUCCUGGCUGGUGGGAGUACAAUCACUGUGGCGGGUUGCAUUGCCCAGCUCUAUCUUUUCUUCGCCUUGGGCUCGACUGAAUGCUUCCUCCUGGCUACUAUGGCUUAUGACCGCUACUUGGCCAUCUGCCGUCCUCUUCAUUAUCCAGCUCUUAUGACUCUGCAAGUAACUACAUGGCUGGUGACAGCAGCCUGGGUGGGUGGAUUUCUAGCUCCUUUGCUCCCCAUUGUCCUCAUCUCCCAGCUCUCAUUCUGUGAGCCUAAGGAGAUUCACCAUUUCUUUUGUGACGCUGGGCCCCUGUUGAGGCGCUCAUGUGGCAAUGCCUUUGUCAGCUCUACCCUAGUCACAGUUCUGGCCUCCUUUGUCAUCCUCAGCACCUGCUUGCUCACCAUGGUAUCCUAUACCUUUAUAAUCUCAACCAUACUUAGGAUCCCCUCAGCCAGUGGGAGACAAAAGGCCUUUUCCACCUGUGGUUCACACCUUACUGUGGUGGUGAUUUACUAUGCCACAGUUAUCUUCAUAUAUACAAGGCCCAUUUCCCCUUCUCCUUCUAAGCUAGACACAGUGGCAUCAGUUUUUUAUGCAGUAGUCACCCCACUGCUCGAUCCAAUGAUUUAUAGCUUAAGGAAUAAGGAGGUAAAGGAUGCUUUGAAGAAGUUGAUGAGCAGGAACCGGGUCUUUGUUAAAAAUAUUGGAGCUAUGAUCAUGGUUUGCUGGUAGAAAAGACAAUAUGUGGGCAAAAUGCUCAUUAGCUCUGAUGUGCCAAACAGUGGCGGAGCAAGCCGAUUGGGCGCCUGGGGUGGCGCACGUGCCCUGUGCCCAGGGCCAGGGCCAGCCAUCCGUGGGAAUGGGGUGAUCUGGGGCAGGAUGCUCCAUGGGGCCUCUGAGGAGUCUGCCUGCCUCCUCCCACUUAGCUGCCCUAUAGCUGAGGGGGAGGCGGUUGGUGGGCCAUUUGGGGCAGAGCAUUUGUCACCCCCCUCAGUGGUGAUAUCCGGGGCAAACCACCCCCUUCCUCCACCCCGGUGCCAAAAUCUCUCUUUCUCCUCCCUCCUUUAUUCUCUUAUUCUCCCUUAUUCCCCCCCUCCUUCCCUAAAAGGCUUAAAAUCAUUCGCUUCCUCCAACCACAGGAAGUGUAGUUUGGUGGUAACUACACCAAACUUUGCAGUUUGCAGUUGGAUGAAUCUGUCAAAAUUUGGUUUCUCGCAAUUUCUCCUUUUUACAGUCAUAGUCCAAUUCACCCAAUUUCUGCCCCCAUUUGUCUUUCAUUUUUAAAUUCCCAUGAAAAUUCUUACAUUUUUUGCACACUUUUCUCCGCAUAUGCAAAUUUUUGUAGAAAGUUUUGCCUAGCUUUUUUGCAAGCAGUUUUCAUUUCACAG